AUGCGCCCGACGUCAGACCCAGGCGUCAACUUGAUCGCCUUCGUUAAUAUGGACGGCGAAGUGAUGACGAUGCAGCCAGACGGCUUGGGUGUCAGGCAGAUAAGUCCCGAUAUCGAAGGCUUCUUCACUUGGCCCACAUGGUCGCCUGACGCAAAUUCCCUUGUGUAUUCCGGCGUGGUGGACGACGAGGGCGAAUUGCAGAUAAAUCUGUACGCUUCGGAUAACGCCGGAGGCGGAAAGCGUGUAGUGUAUGCAAGCGAGCCGGGGCAAGUUGGCUUACUGGCGCAAGGUGUAGUUCACUAUCCUCUCUGGUCGCCUGAUAGCGAGCGUCUUGCGUUCAUAGCCACCACUAGCGCCGGAUUGAGUCUCUUCAUGGAUGAUCUUCGCGACGACCCUGAUGCGCGGCAUCUUCUGGAUGACGGACCGCUUUGGAUGUCGUGGUCUCACGAUUCUUCCAAGCUCGCUGUGCACAGAGGAAUGGAUCACUUCCUUAUCGCGAGAGGCGAUGAACCCACGGUGCAACCGCUGGACAUUAGGGCAAUAGGCUAUCGUGUCCCCGCGUUGCAUCCUGUGGAUGACUCAAUCACGCUGAGGUCUCAGCCCGCGGCGCUUCGAGCAAGCGUAUCCAGCGCGCGACUCGACGGUAAUAGAGUGCAGUCCAUAACGCCGAUUCGAAGCGUGGAAGGGGAGGCGGCGUUCCUGUGGUCGUCAACGGGCGAGCAUCUGGCCGUGGCGGAAGCGGCGCAGUAUCUGAUGUACAGAAAUACCGCGUUGCCGAUUUAUCGCGGCAUUGCAAUCGUGUCGGUAGGGCUCGUCGCAAGAGACCGUCGAACUUCCUCUGCCCGUACUUGCCUUCUUCUGGUCGCCGGACGGCACGAAAAAUUGCGUUCGUCACCUUAUCAGAAAGGCAGGGAGCGCUGA